AUCCGCCCAUCUUCCGCCCGGGUGCCACCGCUGGGUCUCCACCCCUCCAGGUGCGUAGCAGUGACACCUGGAGAAGGACUGGCACCAGUCAGAGCGCACCACCGCCUCCCACUCCCACUCCAUGUCAGUUCCGACCGAUCCGCCGAACAGACAUGUCGGUUCCUCCGGUUCGCAGUCCAACGUGCUCUGAUCUCCUUCACGCGCGAUGAAUGUCACGUGGCGUCUGCUGGCGGCGUUGAGUCUGGUGUGCCGCGCCGAGUCCAAGUGCUCGCCGACGUCCUACUACAAGAACUGCUGGAUCCGACGCUUCCCGGGCGUCCUCGUCGACGUGGACGAGUCCCAGCGGAGGGGAGCGCAGCUGCUGAGGCGGUACCGGGAGGAGAGCGCGCUGAAGUGCAGCCGCGCCUGCUGCCUCACCAGGAACUUUUCCUGUAAUCUGGCCAUAUUCCACUAUGACACCGCGCACGAGCACGUGAACUGCUUCCACCUGCACUGUCCCAGUCUGGAGAGCUGCAUCCUCAGCCACAGAGGCAACGUGGUCCUCUACAAUAUCACAAAGGGCGUGGAUCCGGACCUGCUGGUGUUUGGAAAGCAUUUCACGUCGAACGUGCGCGUGUUGCCGCACCACUACGGCCGCGUCAACGCCUCGGAGCUGCUGCCCUCCGACAAGCGCCAGUUCAUCCAUCCGCCGCCACCCGCCGUCCCGCCGCCGACCUCGGCGCCUGCGUCGCGGCCUCCCGUCACGCCGGGCGACGCGCUGAACGCCACCGCCGCCCGUCACGCGCGGACGCGUUCCACGGCCGCGCCGUCCUCCGCGUCCGCGGCUCCUCCGGCAGUCACUGAGCUCCGCGCACAAACCGCAGCCCUCCUCACCUCCACCGCAUCCACACCCACCUUUAAUGUGCCUCCUUCAUCCCCCGCGGCAUCCACCCGGACGACCAGCUUUCCCACCACACCUGCACAGCCCCCCACAUCGACCCAACCCCAUCAGGGCACCAGCUCUUCUACCACCAUCCCUCCAACGUCCCCAGAGGCCAGUAAGCAGUCCCCCAAUGACACCAGGGACGAGGCGCCCCCGGGCUGGCACGCGGCCACUCAGUCCCUGCUGGUUGCAGUGGCCGUCUGUGUCACGGUGCUGCUGAGCUGCUGCUGCUCCAUCCUGCUGGUGGUGAGCUGGAGGGGUCAGAGGAAGCGAAUGGGACGCUACCACACAUCGUGGAGGGGCAAGAAAGGCUCCAUGCGCCUGAUUAAGUACGUGCUCGUCAGGGAGAACUCCUGAAAGCGAAGCUGGGGCAAUAUUUCUCCAUCAAUCCUGAUUAAAGACUUAAAUAAUCCCUUUAUAUUUUUAUAAAAGAAUGUGACAAAAGUA